AUCCAAAUAUUUUAGAACAUGCUCAAGAGGUGAGCAUUUAACUAUAGAGGCAAAACAGAAUAACAGAAUCUACCAUUCACUCAGCCCCUACUGUGUACCAGCUACUCCACCAUGUAGUUGAUGAAUGCAUUGUACAUAGUUCUUAUUACAUGUGGCAGUCAUCCCAUUCUGUGAAUGAGAAUCGGAGGCUUAGAAAGACAUUGUGUUGGGAGCAGUGCCUACUGUAGUAGAUUUUCAGUGAAUAUGUGAAUGAAUGGAUGAAUACAUAUGAACAUUUUUGAGAACCUGGUGGAAAGUGAUGAAGGGGAAAGCCCAGGAAGCAGUCACAGGCCUCUCACUGAAGAAGAGAUUGUUGACCUAAGAGAGAGACAUUAUGAUUCCAUUGCUGAAAAACAGAAGGAUCUUGAUAUGAAAAUUCAAAAAGAGUUAGCCUUACAAGAAGAGAAGUUAAGACUAGAAGAGGAAGCUUCAUACGCUGCCCAGCGUGAGGCAGCCAGGGCAGCAAAGCAGCGAGAGCGCGCGGAGGGCAGAGCAGGCGCUGUGCACGAAUGCCACCACCCCAACCCUGCGGAGUGCCAAAGUUCAGGACCAGAAGACGACUUUGAAUCUUGUUUGAGAAAUAUAAAGUCACAGUAUGAAGUUUUUCGAAGUAGUAGGCUCUCGUCGGAUGCCACCGUCCUGACACCAAAUACAGAAAGCAGUUGUGAUUUAAUGACCAAAACUAAGUCGACUAGUGGGAACGAUGACAGCACGUCCUUAGAUCUAGAGUGGGAAGACGAAGAAGGAAUGAAUCGCAUGCUCCCAAUGAGAGAGCGUUCUAAGACAGAGGAAGACAUUCUCCGGGCAGCACUCAAGUAUAGCAGCAAAAAGCCUGGAAGCCAUCCUGCAUCAGCCUCUGACGACUCCAAUGGGCUGGAGUGGGAGAGCGACUUCGUGAGCGCCGACAUGGAUGAUAACGGCAAUUCCGAGUACUCUGGCUUUGUAAACCCUGUCCUGGAACUGUCUGAUUCGGGCAUGAAGCAGUCUGAUGGAGAUCAACUGAAACGAGAGGGAUGGUAUACGGUGACCUGGAGACAAGUCAUGGUCUCUUCUGUGUCAGCGUCUUCGAAACUGGACAUGAUGGCAGCGGAAUCCACCUGCUGCAACAGUCACACGGCAGGUUAGUUCCCUCCCUGCUGCAGACGAGUCCUGACUCUAAUAUCUGGAUGAACAU